CCGCUCAGCGGCGCUUUACGGCAAGAUGGCGGCCAACGGGGGGCCGAGCUCUGUGUUGUUUACCGGUCCGCUCUGUGCGUCGUAGCCGGUUUCCCGUGCCCCGGCGCAGAGGCGCCAUGGACCGUAGGAAGAAGCCACUGGAGGUCACGGUCGCCUCGUUGGUAGAUUUAAAGGCUGAACUCUUCCGAAAGCAAGAAGAAUUCAAGAAGGAAAAACUUCUGAAAGAUGCUGGACUCUCUGUAAAACCCCAAACAACAAACAAGAAACCAAGCAUUUGGAAUAAGCAGAACACAGGGGUUUCAAGUCGAGCUGAGAAAGAUGUUGAGCAGAAGAUAGAAGAAGAUCAAACAUUAGAGAAAGCGAGGCAGAAACUGGAAGAGAAAGCAAAGCUGUAUGAGAAGAUGACAAAAGGAGACUUUCCAGAUGAAGAAACUGAGGAUUUGUACCUUGUGGAUUUCGCUCAGAAGAUCAUAGACAAACGGAGAGAAAUACAUGAUCUGUGCGAGAGUGAAGCUGCUAGAAAGGCAUCAGAACAGGAGGAAGAUAAAGAAAAGACACUACCUGAAAUAGAAAUACCACCCCCACAGGACCCAAAUGAAGAAUGGGUUGAUUAUGUGGAUUCCUUAGGCCGAUCUAGACGCUGUAUGAAGAAGGAUUUGCCAGAUCUGCUUAAAAUGGAUAAAGAACUUCAGGGGAAAAGACAAGGCAUUGAGGAGACGACUCUAUUGUCUGAAGAUAUGAGACGAGAACUUCAGCGGCAGCAAUGGGAAAGAGAGGAAGAAGAGGCCCUAAAGAAACCUGUGGGACCCAUACAUUAUGAGGACAUUAGAGAAAAUGAGGCCAGACAGCUUGGUGUUGGCUACUUUGCCUUUGCUCGUGAUGGAGCGCGGAGAAAUAAGCAAAUGGAGACUUUGGAAAUGCUAAGAGAGCAGACCACAGACCAAAGGACUAAACGUGAACAUUUAAAGGAAAAACGAAAGGCAGUUCUGAAAACAAGGCUUUCUAAACUUAAAGCAAGAAAGAUAAAGAGACUAAGAGAAGAUGGACUAGAGGAAGAAGCAAACAAACUAGAAAAUGAAGAAGAGGAAGACGUUAUUGGACCACUACCAGCUGAACCAGAAGCCCCUGUGGCUCCAAGAGUUGCAGAAAGUAGAAAAGUGGAGGUCAUCAUUCAGGAGAGAAAAGAUACAAAGGCUGGUGUGCCCUAUGUUCGAGAGUGGGAUAAAGGGAAAGAAUUUACUUUUGGAGAAUGGUCAAAGAAACGUGCAGAUGAACGAGAUCCGGAAUUUGCACCACCUUCCAAUUACUUUGUUUGUCAAAAGAGAGCCAAUAACUACCAAAGCCAGAGUUGGAACAAGCUUGGAUCCUCUCAUGAGAAACUGGGACAGGAGUCAACACAGAACAAGCCGUUUCCAUCGACGCAGAAUUACUGCAACAGUUCGGAGGAUCAGCAACCAGUUUACCAAAGUCUAGAUGACAUGUUGUCUUACUACAAACAAAUGACUUGAGCUUAUCAAAAGCAUAAGCAAGAAUCUUAACUUAAUUCUAUUUCACUUAUUUAUGUUCGUAGCAUUCACCUAUUGUUUUUCCCAGGUUUUGGGGAAAUAAGGUUCCUGUAAGUAGAUACCUUAUUAAUUAAAGAAAUCUGUCCUGUGAAGUAAUGCUGUCUGACUUCUAUCACACAACAGCCACACAUUUGCUUCAUCAGUGCUGUAUUGUAUUAAAAGGAUAAGUUUUGAUGGUGGUA